AUGCCAGACGCAAAGGCCUCGGGGGCCGAUACGGGCGGCGGCGCUCGCGCGCGCGAUCACAACCAGGGCAACCAGGGCCGCUCCUACACGGUCGAGCAAAAAGCGGCGGUGCUGCGCAUCCGACGGUGCAACGCCACGUCGUUUUACGAGAUUCUCGACAUUGAGUCGGUGCGCAAGACGUGCACCGAGGGGGAGAUCAAAAAGGCGUACCGCAAGCAGUCUCUGCUGACGCACCCGGACAAGAACGGCCAUGAACACGCCGACGAGGCUUUCAAGAUGGUCAGCCGCGCGUUUGGCGUGCUCGGCGACAAGGAGAAGCGCGAAAAGUACGACCGCUACGGCACCGAUCCGGACAGCCGCUUCGCCAGCGCGCAGGCGCAGAACCCCUUUUCCGGAUUCGCUUCACGACAGCCGUCGGGUGGACGACAGGGCGGCCCCAUGGGCGGCGGCGGCGGCUGGGAUGACGAUAUCAGCCCCGAAGAGAUGUUUGCGCGAUUCUUUGGCGGCGGCGGCGGCGGUUUCGGAGGAUUUGGCGGCGGCGGAGUCUUUGACACAGGUCCGCAGUUUGUCUUCAACUUUGGCGGCGGCCCCGGCAUUCGCGUACACCAGUUUGGCGGCGCCCGUCCGCGCACCCGUCCGCGGGACACGCAGAACCGCGGCGGCGAGGAGCAGGCCCAGGGCAGCGGCUUCCAGAACCUCAUCGGCAUCCUCCCGAUCCUGCUGUUCUUCAUCUUCCCGCUGCUCACAUCGCUCUUUGGCGGCGACGGGGGACCCGCGACGCCCAACAUGGCGUUUGACAGCCCGAGCCCGCCAUACACGAGCGAGCGGCUCACGCCCGUGCACGGCAUCAAGUACUUUGUGCGCGGGAGCGACAUCAAGUCGUACACAAAGGGCCAGCUGGGCGACCUGGACCGCAUAGCCGAGCAGAACGCGCUGCACCAGAUCCGCAGCGGGUGCGAGCGCGAGCAGGCGACGCAGCGGCGGAUGCGCGAGGACGCCAUGGGGUGGUUCUACCAGGACGAGGCCAAGAUGUUGCAGGCAAAUGCGAUGGAGAUGCCGCACUGCAAGCGCUGGGCGUUGUUGGUGGAGAAGAGCAAGAAGGGGAAAUGA